GAUCCCCGGUUCCGGCAGCUCAUGGCCACCUUGAUCACCAAGCUCCACGAGUUCAUCCGCGAAGCGGACCUGACGCCUGAAGAGUGGAUGGCCGCCAUCGAAUUCCUGACGGCCACCGGCAAGACCUGUACCGACAAACGCCAGGAGUUCAUCCUGCUGUCGGAUACGCUGGGCGCGUCCAUGCAAGUGGUCAUGCUCGCGCAGGCGCGCGCCUCGGCGCAGGCAAGCGGCAACUUGCCGGCCACCGCCGCCACCGAAGCGACCGUGCAAGGCCCGUAUUACUGGGCCGGCGCGCCCGACAAGGCAUUGGGCAGCAACAUCGCCGAAGGCGUCGCGGGUGAGCCCGCGUAUUACGCCGGGCAAGUCACCGACACCGAAGGCAAGCCGCUGGCCGGCGCUUUGCUCGACGUGUGGUCCGGGGACGGGGAGGGCGUCUACGACAUGCAGGUCGAGGGCCAGACUGAAAUGCUGGCGCGCGCGCGUUUCAGGACCGAUGCCGAAGGGCGUUAUGCCUUCUGGUCGAUACGGCCGAGUUUUUACCCGAUUCCCAUGGACGGUCCCGUCGGCAAGAUGAUUGAAGGCAUGGGUAAACACCCCAACCGCCCCGGGCACAUCCAUUUCAUGCUCUCCAUGCCCGGCUACGCGGGUGUCACCACUCACUUGUUUGUCGCCAACAGCCCCUACCUCGACUCCGACGUGGUGUUCGGCGUGCGCGACAGCCUGGUGGUC